AUGGUAAAGAAGGAAAAGAAUCCAUUUUUGCUGCUUUUUUCACUUAUGGAUAUGAAACCUCCCAUCUCUAGAGCCAAGAUGAUUCUGAUUACUAAAGCUGCUAUUAAAGCUAUUAAGCUUUAUAAGCAUGUUGUUCAGAUAGUAGAAAAGUUCAUCAAAAAGUGUAAACCAGAAUAUAAAGUUCCAGGAUUAUAUGUCAUUGAUUCCAUUGUGAGACAGUCUCGUCAUCAGUUUGGCACUGAUAAAGAUGUUUUUGGGCCAAGAUUCUCUAAAAAUAUAACUGCUACAUUCCAAUAUUUAUAUCUUUGUCCAUCUGAAGAUAAGAGUAAAAUAGUUCGUGUGCUAAAUCUUUGGCAAAAAAAUGGAGUAUUCAAAAUUGAAAUUAUUCAGCCUCUUUUGGACAUGGCAGCAGGAACUAGUAAUGCUGUUCCAGUAGCAGACAAUGUCACCAACAAUGAAGGCUCACCUCCACCCCCAGUAAAAGCCUCUUCUGAACUUGCACAAGUGCCCACAAACUCCAUGCCUCCUGUAGCACAGUUGCCCAGCUCUGAUGCAUUUGCUGCUGUGGCUCAACUGUUUCAGACCACUCAAGGCCAGCAGCUUCAGCAGAUCCUUCAGACUUUUCAGCAGCCUCCAAAACCACAGUCUCCCGCCCUUGACAAUGCUGUGAUGGCCCAGGUUCAGGCUAUCACAGCUCAGUUAAAGACAGCUCCUACACAACCACCUGAACAAAAAGCCGCUUUCCCCCCACCUGAACAAAAAACUGCAUUUGACAAGAAGCUGCUUGAUAGGUUUGAUUAUGAUGAUGAGCCAGAAGCCAUGGAAGACACGAAGAAAGAGGACACUGCUGUCACUGUUGCAGCCCCUUCUGCUGCUGCUGCACCUCCUGCUCCCUCCGUGGCCACACCCGCCAUUGCUCCUGCUCUGCCGGUGCCCUCUGCCACCUCACCCCCUCCUCCACAGGUGCCAUUUGGCUAUCCUGGGGACAGCAUGCAGCAGCCAGCCUAUACACAGCAUCAAAAUAUGGACCAGUUUCCACCUCGGAUGAUGGGGAUACAGCAGGAUGCAGUGCACCAUCAGGUUCCACUUCCUCCUAAUGGACAAAUGCCAGGAUUUGGGCUUCUCUCUGCACCUCCAUUUCCUCCUAUGCCGCAGCCUGGCAUGGCACAGCCUGGGAUGCCUCAGCCUGGGAUGCCUCAGCCUGGCAUGGCACAGCCUGGGAUGCCUCAGCCUGGGAUGCCUCAGCCUGGCAUGGCACAGCCUGGGAUGCCUCAGCCUGGAAUGACGCAGCCUGGGUUGCCGCAGCCUGGCAUGGCACAGCCUGGGAUGCCCCAGCCUGGCAUGGCACAGCCUGGGAUGCCUCAGCCUGGCAUGGCACAGCCUGGGAUGCCUCAGCCUGGCAUGGCACAGCCUGGGAUGCCACAGUCUGGGAUUCCUCCAACUCCACCAGUACAACCAACUUUCCAACCUACUUUUCAGCCACAAAAUGAGCCGCUUUCACAAAAGCCACAUCAGCAGGAAAUGGAAGUAGACCAGCCUUGUGUCCCGGAGGCUAAGCGGCAUGUGCCUGACAGCAGAAAGUCAAGAUCUAGGUCAGCAUCCAGGUCACCAAAAAGGAGAAGAUCUAGAUCCGGCUCUCGGUCUCGGAGAUCCCGCCACCGACGGUCCCGAUCUCGGUCCCGGGACAGGCGCCGGCACUCACCCCGGUCUCGAUCUCAAGAAAGAAGGGAUCGUGAAAAAGAGAGGGAACGGCGACAGAAAGGCCUCCCUCAGAUCAAAUCAGAAACUGCAAGUGUUUGUAGUACCACAUUGUGGGUGGGACAGCUGGACAAAAGGACUACUCAACAAGAUGUUGCCAGUCUCUUAGAAGAGUUUGGUCCAAUUGAAUCAAUUAAUAUGAUUCCUCCCAGAGGAUGUGCCUAUAUCGUUAUGGUUCAUAGGCAAGAUGCAUACCGUGCCCUGCAGAAACUGAGCCGGGGAAACUAUAAAGUGAACCAGAAAUCCAUAAAGAUUGCCUGGGCCUUAAACAAAGGAAUAAAGGCAGAUUAUAAGCAGUAUUGGGAUGUUGAACUGGGUGUCACUUAUGUCCCAUGGGACAAAGUCAAACCUGAGGAGCUGGAGAGUUUUUGUGAAGGAGGGAUGUUGGACGGUGACACACUUAACCCAGAGUGGAAGGGAAUCCCCAAGAAGCCUGAAAAUGAAGUUGCCCAAAAUGGAGGUGGAGAGGCCUCUCACACGGAACCUGUGUCGCCCGUCCCCAAGACUUUGCCUGUGCCUGUCCCUCCUAUUCCUGUCCCUGCUCCCAUAACAGUGCCACCUCCACAGGUCCCACCUCACCAGCCGGGUCCCCCUGUAGUUGGUGCUCUGCAGCCACCCGCUUUCACACCUCCCUUAGGGAUCCCCCCUCCAGGCUUUGGCCCUGGGGUUCCGCCGCCGCCUCCUCCUCCACCAUUUCUGCGCCCAGGAUUCAACCCAAUGCAUUUACCGCCAGGCUUUCUCCCUCCCGGACCCCCACCUCCUAUAACUCCACCAGUGUCCAUCCCUCCUCCUCACACUCCACCGAUAAGCAUCCCAAACUCUACUAUCGCUGGUAUAAAUGAAGACACUACAAAAGACUUAUCUAUUGGAAAUCCCAUUCCAACAGUGGUGUCUGGGGCUAGAGGAAACGCCGAAUCUGCUGACAGUGCGAAAAUGUAUGGCUCUGCUGUGCCACCUGCUGCACCUACGAAUCUGCCCACCCCUCCUGUAACCCAGCCUGUUUCACUUCUUGGCACUCAAGGAGUUGCACCUGGCCCUGUGAUUGGGCUCCAGGCACCAUCCACAGGUCUUCUUGGUGCCAGGCCCGGCCUGAUCCCACUGCAGCGCCCCCCAGGGGUGCCUCCGCCUCACCUGCAGCGGUUUCCUAUGAUGCCACCUCGUCCCAUGCCACCACCCAUGAUGCACAGAGGUCCACCUCCAGGACCAGGAGGCUUUGCCAUGCCUCCACCGCAUGGAAUGAAAGGGCCCUUUCCACCACAUGGCCCCUUUGUUAGGCCUGGCGGAAUGCCAGGGCUGGGGGGCCCAGGGCCAGGCCCAGGAGGACCAGAAGACAGAGAGGGAAGGCAGCAGCAACCCCAGCAACAGCAGCAGCAGCAGCAGCAGCAGCAGCCACAACAGUCACAGCCACAGCAGCCGCCAGCAUCACAGCAGCCAGCGCCAGCUCAGCAGCAGCAGCAGCCUCAGCAGUUUAGAAAUGAUAACAGGCAGCAGUUCAAUUCAGGUAGAGACCAAGAAAGGUUUGGAAGAAGAUCUUUUGGAAAUAGGGUGGAAAAUGACCGGGAACGGUAUGGGAACCGAAAUGAUGAUAGAGAUAAUAGUAACCGUGAACGGAGAGAGUGGGGAAGGAGGAGCCCCGACCGGGACAGACACAGAGACUUGGAAGACAGAAAUAGACGCUCUAGUGGGCACCGGGACAGAGACAGGGAUUCCAGAGAUAGAGAGUCCCGUAGAGAGAAGGAAGACAACCGAAGGGAGAAGCACGAGCUGACAGACAGGGCGGGCAGUAACAAAGCCAGUGAACCUCCCCUUAGCCAAGUGGGAGACGUAGACACUGUUUCAGAACUUGACAAGGGGGAGGCCAUGGCCGCAGUGGUAAAACCUUCCGAAGAGUCACCUGCUGAGGCUACCUCAUCCGUUGAACCCGAGAAGGAUUCUGGCUCAGCAGCAGAGGCUCCUCGCUAGAGACUGCAUUUGACAGAAUGUGGCAGUGACACUUGGGUAUAGAGCUGAGGUGUACAGAUGCUGUAUAAUAUUUGCUCCUGCUGCAUCACCCCACAGUAGUUGGUGGGGAUUGUAAGCAAUUUGAUUGCUUCCCUUCUAUUUAAAAAUAGCCACAAAAUAACAAAAAAUACUGAAGAUAUAUUACCCUUUUUUUGCUGUAACUUUUUAAAAGUUUUGACUUUUAAAAGUUUACAAAUCCUAAUUAGAAGUGCUCUCUAUUUUUUUUUUUUUUUAAUUUAAGACAAGGUAACGGUGAAAAAGCUCCUCAAACAAUAGGGAUGUUUUUAAUAAACUCUAUUUUCGUAACAAA